AGCUUGUUGUCUAUUCAUUUUCUUUUCGCUGGUGUUUGGUGUAUUUCAGUUUGGAAUUCGUUGGUAUAUAUUCGAGGUACCGGCCACUUUUCAGCACAGUUCGUUAACAGUCCUAGUCGCGGUUCUAGGAGGUUCAACUAACUAAAUAACUUCAGAAAUAAACAAGAAGUUCAAAAACGUGAAAAUAGACAUACAUUGGGCGUAGUUUUUCUUUCGCUACCAAGGUACCGCUACGGUUCAACCUCAGGACUCAAGCGCUUGUGUCCCCUUACAGUAAUUUGAAAAAGUGAAAUACAAGUGAUUUUUCAGAACACACCGGACAGUGUGCAGUGCAACAAAAUUGUGAUCUUAUAAUUAUAAAACAUGAAACUAUUUUUAAUUUUAGCGGCGUUGCUUGUCUCCACAUGUAGAGCAACACUUUACGGUGCCGUCUCGACACAAUUCCAACACCUCGACCCCCACAGUCAUACAUAUUCUUACGGUUAUGCCGAUACCAACUCACAGAAGCAAGAGACACGGUCUCACGAUGGUGUUACGCGCGGUUCCUACUCUUACGUUGAUGGUAGCGGACACGUUCAAUCGCUCUCGUAUGUCGCUGAUCCACACCAUGGUUUUAAUGCUGUUGGUACAAACUUGCCAAAGGCUCCAGCACCUCAAGCCACUCACUUUGCCGCCGUUCACGCCGCUGCUGCUCAGUCCUACGUGCCAUAUGCUCACCACUAUCCACAACACAUUCCGGUGCUGACACAUGGUGGCGUUCCUGUGGAUACACCAGAAGUGCAACAUGCUCGCGCUGAGCACUAUGCUGCCUAUGCUGCUGCCGCUGCCGCUGCUGCUUCCCAUCCAGAUCCCCAUGACCCACAUGCUCAUCAUUUGUACAAGCGAUCAAUAUACGGCCAUCCCUGGAAUUAUGCCCACCAAAACGCAAUAGCUCCCGUGGCGUUGACGCAUGGGGGCGUGCCUGUGGACACUCCUGAUGUACAGGCUGCCAAGGCCGAACACUUUGCUGCGCAUGCUAAGGCAUUGGGUCAAGGAGCACAUGCCCCCGUUGCACCCGGCGAUACAGCAGAAGUAGCGCAUGCUAAAGCAGCCCAUUAUGCCGCUCACGCUGCCGCACGUGUUGGCCAUUCUAUUGGACAUACGGUGCCCGUACAUGGGUAUCACAUUCCAGUGAUUCACAAUGGUGUUCCAGUAGAGACACCGGAAGUACAACAUGCCAAGGCGGCGCAUUACGCCGCUGUUGCUGAAGCCUCAGCACGAUCUGGUCAUGGAAGCGCACAUGAUGACGGAAGUCAGUAUGACGGACGCUGGGAGGGUCCAUAUGGAGGUGGAUAUGCAGGGGGUUACAAGCAUCAAGGCCCAAUCCAUAUUCCAGUCAUCCACAAUGGCGUGCCAGUGGAGCCACCAGAGGUGCAGCAUGCCCGUGCCGCCCACUUAAACGCUUUGGCCGCAGCUAGUCAUGGUUCGGGUCAUAACGAUUAUUAUGGGCAUGAAGAUGACGGCCAGUAUCAUUCCCACCAUUACUAAGUUGCGAUCCUUUAGCAUAUAAUAACGAACUAAAUACUUAUCAUCUCAUGCGGAAUAGCGAAACGGUACGGAAUACAAAUAAACAAAUCAAUGAAAUAACAAUGGACAAGAAGCGAUUUACAACGAUAUUCAAAAAUGAAAGAGAUUUUAGUGUCGGAAUGUGAAUAUGUACAUAACUGACGAAACAUAUUGCUUAUUGGAACUUAUUAAAGUUGUAUGAAUGUAA